UAAAAUAAUAUGUAGCAAAUGAAGAGAAUUUUAUUUGACAGAAAAUUUUAAUUCAGUAAAAAAAAAAAUUUAAACGCACAUAUCAGCAAAUCAAAGCUUAAGUAAAAUAAAUUUUUAAAACUUUGCUAACCACCCUUUGCGGUCCAAAUAUAUAGAGUUCGUGUAAUGGCGUAUCAUUUUAGUGCUAAUCAGUUCGAGAAAGCCUACAGCGCAAAACGUCUAUGCAAUUGGGAGUUGCCAAAGUGGUAUCCACCACAUCCGCGUAAACACAAGGCGCCCACGAAGGUCAUUGCUAACACUAACGGGCGUUUGUUGAACGAUAUUGCACGAACGGACAAGAAUCCUUGGGGCUACUUUCGCAGCACCUAUGAGUUACCACGUAAAAUAACUCGCAACUUUGCCGACGAAUACAACGAGUGUCUAAUCAGAAAACACAAAUGGCGAAAUUUCCCACGUAAAAAAAGUGUUUGUGCAAAAAACGAUGAGCCACCGAAAUGUGAAGACAAAUGCGAAACCGUUAGACGUAUUUUCAGUCCAGGUGAGCAAGGCAUUGGAAAGUGCGCCAAAGGUAAAGAAAAAAAGAAUGCUAAAAAGAAUAAGACUAAUGCGAAGAAAGCCGAAGAUCCUUGCGAAAACAUACCGUAGUUUUGCCAUAAUCACGCUGCAACAUUUCCUUUAUUUUCGUGUAUCCAUUCAGUAUCAUCCUUUUGUAAAAUAAAAUAAUAUUUACUAAAAUCUCCCUAAAAAACAA